AUGGCGGACGGUCCAGCAACUCCGGCCGAUAAUGGCGAAUCCACGCAGACCGCUCCCGCUGUCUCCAUCCUCGCUCCGUACUCGAAAAGGGUCGUGAUCAAAACUAUUCUCGGUGCACCAGAUGGCGGCUUGUCAUUGGUUGGGCAGACGUUAGUGGUAGGAGGAUGGGUGAAGACCGGGCGAGAGCAGGGCAAGGGAACCUUCGCCUUCCUAGAGCUCAACGACGGAUCGUGCCCCGCCAACCUUCAGGUGAUCGUGAAGGCUGAGGUGGCGGCGAUUGGGGAGCUGGUGGCGACGGGCACGUGCGUGCGCGUGGAGGGCGAGCUGAAGCGCACGCCCGAAGGGACGAAGCAGCUUGUGGAGGUCCACGUCAGCAAGGUGCUCCACGUGGGCCCGUGCGACGCGGGCGUGUACCCCAUCGCCAAGACGAAGCUGUCGCUCGAGUACCUGCGAUCCGUCAUGCACCUGCGACCGCGAACCAACACGAUCGCGGCGGUGGCGCGGAUCCGCAACGCGCUGGCCUUCGCGACGCACACCUUCUUUCAGAAGCACGGCUUCCUGUACGUGCACACGCCCAUCGUCACCACCAACGACUGCGAAGGCGCUGGCGAAAUGUUCCACGUUACCACCCUCAUCGCCGAAACCGAGCGCCGCGAAAAGGCCCUCUUGGAGAACCCCCCUCCCACGGACGCUGACGUGGCGGCCGCCAAGGACGCCGUGACAGCAGCGGGCGGCGCGGUGAAGGCUCUCAAGGAAGCCAAGGCGAGCAAGGAGGAGAUUAAAGCCGGCGUGGCAGAGCUAACGAAGACUAAGGAGGCUCUAGCGGCGUUGGAAGCGCGGGCUAAGAUGCGGCCAGGGCUGCCACGGAAAGGGGAGGACGGCAAGGGGCCGGUGGACUUUGGUGCGGACUUCUUCGCCCGGCAGGCGUUCCUGACGGUGUCGGGGCAGCUGCAGGUGGAGACGUACGCGUGCGCGCUCAGCAGCGUGUACACGUUCGGACCGACUUUCCGCGCUGAGAACUCCCACACGACCCGCCACCUGGCGGAGUUUUGGAUGGUUGAGCCCGAGAUUGCCUUUGCUGACCUGGAGGACGACAUGAAAUGCGCGGAGGACUAUGUGCGAUUCCUCUGCCAAUGGCUGCUGGACAACUGUCACGACGACAUGCGGUUCAUGACCAAGAUGUUUGACAAGACCGCUCUGGACCGCCUGGCACACGUGGCGUCGUCGCCCUUCGCCCGAGUGACGUACACCGAGGCGAUCGAGUUGUUGCAAGAGGCGAUCAAGAAGGGGAAGAAGUUUGAGAAUGCGGUGGAGUGGGGCAUCGAUCUUGCCAGCGAACAUGAGAGGUACCUUGCGGAGACGCAUUUCAAGACGCCAGUGAUAGUGUACAACUACCCCAAGGAGAUCAAGGCGUUCUACAUGCGGCUCAAUGAUGAUGGCAAGACUGUGGCAGCCAUGGAUGUGCUGGUGCCAGGGGUGGGGGAGUUGAUAGGAGGGAGUCAACGGGAGGAGCGCUAUGAUGUCUUGGUCAAGAGGUUGGAGGAGAUGGACUUGCCACGGGAGCUGUACGAGUGGUACCUGGAUCUGCGCAAGUACGGGACAGUGCCUCAUGCGGGCUUUGGUCUGGGCUUUGAAAGAAUGAUCCUCUUCGCCACAGGCAUUGAUAACAUUCGGGAUGCUAUUCCGUUCCCUAGCCUCUCCACGUUUCUACAUUCCCCUCCCGCGCUUCCUAAUCGACGUCACACCCUGCCACCCACGCUUUCCCUCGUCGCCGUCGCCGUCCCCUACGCUUCCCCCCACCGUCGCCCUCGCUUCCUCCCGCUGUCGCUCACACUUUACUCCGUCGUUGACCACGCUCCCCCUCCCGUCGCUUUCGCUUCCUCCCACCGUCGCCCUCGCUUCCUCCCACCGUCGCCCUUGCUUCCUCCCACCGUCGCCUUCGCUUCCUCCAACCGUCGCUUUCGCUUCCUCCCACCGUCGCCCUCGCUUCCUCCCACCGUCGCCCUCGCUUCCUCCCACCGUCGCCCUCGCUUCCUCCCACCGUCGCCCUCGCUUCCUCCCACCGUCGCCCUCGCUUCCUCCCACCGUCGCCCUCGCUUCCUCCCACCGUCGCCCUCGCUUCCUCCCACCGUCGCCCUCGCUUCCUCCCACCCUCCCCUACACUCCGCCGUCGUCAUCACUUCCCUGCCUAUCACGUUCACCCUCUUCGUCACACGUCGCCUCUCUCUCUCCCCCUAUUCUACCUUCACCACUCCUACCGUCGUCCAUGGUUACCACCCCACACUUGAACCCUUCUCAUUCUCUCACAUUCUCCCUUCUCCCUUGCUUCUCGCCCACACUAAACGCAGAGAUGUAUGGCGCCUGGGCGCUGGCCUCCCUCCUCCGUACCACUCUCCCACCCACUCUUUCUUUCAUCCUCCUGCCUCUCUUCCACCCUGCCACUCUUCUUUUCAGACUGCCACCUUCCGAGCUUCUUUUAGUCCACCUUUCCGUCUCACCCACUUGUCCUCUCCCAACUUGAUCCUCACAUCCUCCCAUCCCCCCUUCUCCCCUUCCACCCUCCAACCCUUGCGCUCAUCCUCCCUUCGUCUCACCCUCCUUUUUUCUCAUCCUCCCAUCCUCCCUCUCUUCCCUCCCCCCUCCCUUCCUCCUGUCCUCCCUUCCUCCCUUCCUUUCUUCCUCUCUUCCACCCUCUGCCCUACUCUCUGCUUCAGUGUCUUUUUCCCCUCUCUUUCCCCUUUCCUCCCUCCCUUCAUCUCAUCCUCUCUUCCGCCCUUCCUCCUUGUCUCCCUUGCUCAUUUCUCCCUCCUCAUAUUCCCUGUUCCCUGCGUCCCUCGCUGCCAUCCUCCCUUCCUCUCAGCCUCCUCACUUCCUCUCGUCAACCAUUCCUCCGCACCCUUCUACCCUGCCACGCCUAUACACUCCUACCUUGUUCUAGGGGCUUGUUUCUUCACGUCCCCAGCACCGCCAGCACUCGCAGAUGCGGGCACAUGGGGUCCCUUGCGCGCCGAGUCAGAGGAGGCACCUUGCGCAGAGGGGCGUCGCGAGGAGCAGCGCUGCGCCAGCGCGACCGCCGAGUCAGAGGAGGGGGGGAUAGAGCCGGGCGGAGGGUUACCCUCCCGUGCUGCUGGAAAUCCCCCCCUGCUGCUGACCGCCCAUGGGGCUGCUGCUGCCCCCCAUGCCUUGCACUGCAAGGAACGCACCCGACGACGCACCACCGGCGCCCAUGCUGCUGCUCCCCUCCGUCGCCCAACGCGCCUCGUCCUCGGGGAAGCUGCCCAGCAUCACUGCCCGCUCCUCCCUCCCCAAGCUCCGCCAAUGGAGUGUGAGCAGCAAGGGGCAGCAGAGGCAGCCACUGGAAAGGGUACUGCUGAGAUGGGUGUUGCUGCGAGGGGUGCUGCUGCAAGUGCGACCACUGGGGGCAACAGCGCCUUGCACCCAUCUUCUCCACCCGACUGUUGCCCUCCCGCCGCCCCUCUUUCCUCCUCCAGCUGCUCCCGCGUUCUCACCAAGGGACCCUCCCCAGGUGAUAGCUCCCCAAGCUUACACUUCAAGAGCGAAUUUCCACUCGGCAGUUUGCUCUCUCGUUUCUCACUCAUGCGUUUGUCCAGGAAAAAACUGUUGUUGGCGCUUUUUACCUUUCUUUUGCGGACUCACUUUCUUUCCCUGCCUCUUUCACCUGUCUCUCUGUGCUUCCCCUUCUUUCAUCCCAACAGCAAGAAUGCAGUGGGUGUAGGAGGGUGCGAGUGCUGCUGGUGGCGGUCCUGCUGUCCUGGUGGUGAUGGUGAUGGCGCAUGCAGUGCUUCUGCUCCUGCUGAUAGUGCUGGCGCUCCCUCUGAUGCCAUCAGUCUGAUGCCACUGGUCAUGCAACCCCGGCUGAUGGAGCUCUCUGGUGAGCACCUCCCUCUGUCUGGUCUUCCCCCUCUGUUGUUCUCCUUCCGUCAUCUUGUUCUCGGCUUCCCUAGUCUCCGGUCCUGA